AUGGCGAACGCAUCGGACAUCAUAACCUACAUCGGCGUCCCGCUGGCCGUCCUGGGCGUCCUCCCUAUCAUGUACACAUUCAUGAUCGCCAUUCUCACACAGCGCAGAAUCCGCGCCGCCCUCGUCCACCACGGCCACAGACCUGUGAGCACGACGCGCCCGCACGACGGCUUCACCAUCCGCAGCUCCCCCAUGACCAGUCUGAUCGAAGUCGAAUUACCUCGCUACACCAUUGCGCCUCUGGAGCGCGGAAAUGAGGACUACUGGAAAACCUCGACCGAGGGAAGAGACGCAUCACAAGAAGAACAUCACCAUCUCCUCGCAUUGGAUCGUGCAGAGAGCACGCUGUCCAUGGUCGAAGAAGGUCGCGUGCGUGGCUUUCUGCGGGGUGGCAGCUGGCGGGGCUUCCACUGGAAAAAACUUAUCGUGGGCAAAAAGCUGUACAGGAUCCAGUAUGAGGACGAACUGAGGGAACCGCCUGCAGAGGUGAGCUUCGAGGAGCUAGUGGUCUUUUUGUUGGAUUGGGGAGCUGUGCCAGAUGGGAUGGGUUGGGAGAAACUGAGGAGUGGCGGGUUGUGGACGCCAAGCGGGACGGUGCUGCUCAAGAAACCUGAGGAUGAUGCAAGGGAUGGCGAGGAGAGCAGCAACAAAAGACGAAGGGGCGUAGACUGGGUGCUGCGAACAAGUAUGCCGGAUGAGAGUGACGGAAUAUUGAGUCUGACCAUACAGUGGUCCCCAGACGACACAACCUCCGUCAGAGACAUGAGAGGCGCAGAGAGCUUACCACCUGGCUGGGGACGAUUGACUCAGCCUGCCCUGAUCGAAGCGAAUGAGAAACGUAAGGAGAAUGAGACCGACUUGCCGGCGCGGAUCGAGAACUGCAAGUCGGCAAACAAACACAGCAUGGACAGCACUAGCUUCCGAUUCCACACCGAAGAUAACCGUGUCCAAAAACUCCUCUGGGAGCACAACAACCUCGAGACCGGCUUCGUCUGCGCACCGUUCCAAAAGUACGAGCAGUCCUCUGCAGGACUAUGGUUUACCUGUGCAGCAUCGGCUUUGCUGGCACACAAAAAUCCCACAAGUGGCGGCCUCUGGGCGUUCGAGACUCCUACGGAGAUCAAGACCUUUGUGCGUAAAGACACGAUCCCGUGCGGUGUGAUGGUCCUCCUCGGCCUGCUCUCCGAAAACGACGCGCCACAGUGGUCAUCUGAAAAGGACGACCACAACGACGGCAUGCACAUGGCGCGGCAACACCAGCAGUGGGUACAAGCCCGACUCGCCGGCGAGAGACUGGAGGCCACCAUGCCACCGGAACAAGCCCGGAUUCACAAGAUGAACCGAGAGUCGAACGAGAGACAACAGCGGCACAACGACAUGAUGGCUUCCCUCGCCGCGCGAAAGCAGAGGGAAGAAAAGCGGAUUAUCGACGCGAUCGCGAGUCCGAGGAUGGACAUCAAGCGCGUCAGCGAAGCGUGCCUGACGUGGUUGAUCGAGAGGGGAGAGGUGGGCCAGGAAUGGACGGUGCACGAGCUGGCCGAGGCCGUGUGUUACCUGAUGGUGGUGGAUCUCCAAGAUUACUCAAGUAAACAACACCACCAGAACGAUGACGGGAAAGUGGACGAGGAGCAAUCCGGGGAAGCCAUGCGGAUCGUCGUGAUCCUGGACGAAUGGAUGGCCUGGGCCACGGCCGGAGGCAUGAAGAAACAACAGUUCCGUCUGCUGGAGCGAGAAAGGGAUAAAGUGGCGUUCUGCUUCGCCGUCGCCCUGGUCGCGGUCGUGGCCGACGCCAUGAGUUCGAACAAUGCGGGCAUGGGCAAGGUCGGGUCGGAUAUGCUCGAAUGUAUGAGGUUGUGGAGGAAAGUUCGCUUAGGAUAA